GAAAUUCUCGAAUGGCUUAAUCUCGACCAGGGUCCUGGACGUCAUCACGAGAUACAAGGACGUCGGACCCCAGGAACAGGCAAAUGGAUCUUCAAUCAGCCGCAGUUUCAAGAAUGGCUGAAGCCCGAUAGCCCCAUAAACGUUCUCUGGUGCAUCGGAGGCCCGGGCUCGGGAAAGUCGACAAUCAUGUCGCUCGUGGUUGAUGAGGUCAAACACUCACGUACCGUUCCUGACGAGGCAGUAGCAUACUACUACUGCGAUUAUCGAAUGCGUACCUCGCAGCCAGCGGCUCUGGUCCUUGAAUACUUAGUAAAGACAUUCGUGGAGCAAUUGGACAGCCUGCCGCAAUCUAUUAGUCAACUAUACAAUAACUGCAGACGAGAUGGCCGGCGACCAAAGGUCUCAGAGCUUGAGACUAUUCUGAACGAGAUAUGUAGCCUCUUCAGAUCACCGUUCGUUUUGUUAGAUGCACUGGACGAGUUUAGUCCCACGAACAUAACUGAAACAAGACAUCUUAUUCGUUUGCUGAAUGGCCUCGCCCGGAAUGGCGCACGUGUCUUCGUGACAAGUCGAUACAGACCAGAGCCUGUGUUGGAAGAAGGUAGUGCCAUACUCGAAUUCGCAGCGGACGGCACAGAUAUCCGGCGUCAUAUCAUGCAUGUGCUCAGCUCCGAUGACUCGAUGGUGGAUAUUUUGGAUCCGCAGCUGGAGGAGGAAAUAUGCAGCAAAAUUGUUGCCCAGGCCGGUGGGAUGUUCCUGCUGGCAGUUCUUCAUCUGCAGAACAUUCGGGACCAGGUCAGCCGAACAGGAAUUCGUCGAAGCUUGAAUGCGCUGAGCAGCGAUUUGAGCGGCGCGUACGACAAGUCUUUUGAUGCCUUGUGGCACCAGUCUGAGGCACGGAAGCAGCUUGCCCUGAAUGCUCUGCGCUGGGUAGCAUGCGCGUACCGCCCACUGACGGCACUGGAGUUGAGGCACGCCUUAGCGACUGAUGACGGCGAAUGGGAUUUCGACAAUCUUUCGCCUUUGAGGCUGAUAAUCAACAGCUGCUGUGGACUACUGUCCGUGGAUGGCUUGGAAGACCACGCACAAGUGCGACUCGUGCAUCAUACCCUGCAGCAGUACCUACAAGCUACACAACCAGACUGGUAUAGGACUGCUCAUACAGUCAUCGCCCGAACAUGUCUGAGAUAUCUCCUGCUAGAGGCUCUAAACGCUCCGAUGUCUACUCUCCACAGAGUGUUCGUAUAUGUCCAAUAUUCGAAGGAUUGUUGGGGCUUGCAUGCUGCACAAGUGCCUUUGGAAGACUAUGUGCAUCUGGCAAUGCAGCUUUUCAACGAUGCGUCUCGACUGAAACUCCUGUUCCCUGAGAAUGAGCGCAUUCAUGGGCUGCAUAUAGCCGCUGGUUUCGGGCUUACAGAACUCAUAAUUCAUAUGGCCAAGGCAGGCGAAGAUGCUCAAUGUCUUGACGUGCACUCCCAAAACCCUCUUCAGUACGCAUGUGCACACAAUCACAUGGAGACGGCCCUUGCACUAAUCAAGCUCGGGACCAAUGUCGCUCAUGUGACUCCGAAACGCGACACCGCACUUUUCAUGGCUGUUGGAACAGGAAAUGUGGAUCUGGUCAGAGUACUUCUGGACAACGGUGCACCUCCG